UACAAACCACACGUAAACGAAUCUUCUAGAGAGAGAAAGAAGUAUAACAGCUUGUGAACCGACUCACUCACAAACGCCUGCCUGCAAAUUUCUCUUCGCCUUUACCUUUCAUGGAGCUUGAAUCACCAACAACAGUUAUCCACCAGAACUAUCUUCUUCUUGCUUCCGCCGUUGCGCUGUUAACAGGCUUCCUUCUGCUCUACAUUUUGAUAUUGAAUUCUCGUAAAUCGACGGAGAUUCAUCGGAAAUGUGUUGAUAACUCCGGUGACGAUGGAUUGCGGCUCACGGAGACUGACGUUAUCAUUGUUGGUGCCGGUGUUGCCGGUGCUGCUCUUGCGUGUACUCUUGCUAAGGAUGGACGGCGAGUACAUGUGAUUGAAAGGGACUUAACUGAACCGGACCGAAUUGUCGGUGAGCUUCUGCAGCCAGGAGGCUAUCUGAAAUUGAUUGAGUUGGGUCUUGAGGAUUGUGUGGAUGGAAUUGAGGCUCAACAAGUUUUCGGUUAUGCCAUUUACAUGGAUGGUAGAAACACGAAACUCUCUUAUCCUUUGGAAAAGUUCGAAUCGGAUAUAUCUGGAAGAAGCUUUCACAAUGGGCGGUUUAUUCGACGGAUGAGGGAGAAAGCUGCAUCUCUUCCAAAUGUGAAACUGGAACAAGGGACUGUAACAUCAUUACUUGAGGAACAUGGAACAGUUAAAGGGGUGUGUUACAAAACCAAAGACGGACAAGUGAUGACCGCACACGCGCCUCUCACCAUUGUUUGUGACGGUUGUUUUUCUAAUCUACGGCGUGCCCUUUGCAAGCCUAAGGUAGAGGUACCCUCUUGCUUUGUGGGUCUGGUUUUGGAGAAUGUGGAUCUUCCGUAUGCAAACCAUGGGCAUGUUAUACUCGCGGAUCCUUCACCAAUUUUGUUUUAUCCGAUUAGUAACACCGAGGUUCGUUGUUUGGUCGACGUCCCUGGACAAAAGGUUCCUUCUAUUGCCAAUGGGGAAAUGGUCGAUUACCUCAAAACCGUCGUUGCUCCACAGGUUCCACCCGAGUUAUAUGCCGCCUUUGUGGCAGCAAUAGAUAAAGGAAACAUAAGAACAAUGCCAAACAGAAGCAUGCCAGCCGAUCCGCAACCUACCCCAGGUGCACUUUUAAUGGGAGACGCAUUUAACAUGCGACACCCAUUAACCGGUGGAGGAAUGACCGUUGCAUUAUCAGAUAUCGUUUUACUUCGCGACCUUCUUAGACCACUAAGUAAUCUUAAUGAUGCACCUACACUUUGCAAUUAUCUUGAGUGCUUCUACACUCUUAGAAAGCCGGUGUCAUCUACGAUAAAUACGUUGGCGGGUGCUCUAUACAAGGUAUUUUGUGCAUCACCAGACCCAGCAAGAAAAGAAAUGCGGCAAGCAUGCUUCGAUUAUCUUAGCCUGGGAGGCAUCUGCUCACAAGGACCGAUAUCUUUACUUUCAGGACUCAACCCGCGCCCCAUAGUCCUGUUUCUUCAUUUCUUUGCUGUUGCUAUCUAUGGUGUUGGCCGUUUGCUCAUCCCGUUCCCAUCACCAAAACGGUUAUGGCUAGGGGCUCGACUCAUCUCGGGUGCAUCUGGGAUCAUAUUUCCAAUUAUCAAGUCGGAAGGGGUGCGACAAAUGUUCUUCCCAGCAACGGUUCCAGCAUACUACAAAGCUCCUCGAGUUGCUUGACCUUAGCAUGUGUUAUACGGAUAAAUCAUCAUCAAUCAUAUCUUGAGUAUUGAAUGUUUGAAUGGUAUUUGGUAAACCACAUGAUUUUGAUUCUCUAAAAUGUUACUUUCAUCAAUUAAAAGCUUCCAACUUUGUUAAAUUAAA